AUUUGCCCUUGUUUAUUUUGAAUUGAUCGCGUUGAUCGGAACGCUUUUGGAUGAUCCAAUAACAAAACCGCGGUACAGGCGACAUUUCGUCGAGUUUAACGAAUAAUUAAUUAUGACUACAAUGGAUUCUGAUUCUGAAAGUCAGGACAGUGAUGAUGGACGACGAUUUCGUUUUGAAGCUACUCGUAAAGAUAACGUGCAGUUAGACGCAAAAUUAGGAAAACUGUCGAGAUCGAGAUCAAAAUCGGAACACGAGUCUGGCUAUAAUGACACAGAGCAUAAAGAUAAAAAAGACAAAUCUAAACGUCACUGUAACAAAGAACACAAAUUUUCAAAAGAACUAGACUCCGACAACGACUUCAAACAUUGUACUAAGCAUUCGAAACAUUCUGUCGAGUCGAAAAACUCGAAACACGAAGAUGAUGAUGAUCAUAAAAAUGUAAGAGACGCUGGUUCGGAUGCUAAGAGUACUACGUUAUCGUCAAAGCAUAAAACGAAAUAUGCAGAACGGCACAAGAGUAGAAGCCGAAAUGAACAUCGAAGCAACAAGUCUCAAGAACGAUGUCGUAGCCGAAACGAAAACGACAAGCAUAGAAACAAAUCUCACGAAAAGUAUAAGCAUUCUAUUCGCGAUAGAAGCCGCGACAAAAAUUAUCAGCCGUACAAAACGAGAUCCGAAGAGCACGGUAAGUUUCGAGGAGAAUCUGAAAGGCAUAACACACACAAAAAGAUGCUGGUGAGAGAAGAUGAAGGGCAAUGCUUGGAAGAAUAUUCUUCAUCUAAAAAUGUAGAACAAGGUCAUAACGAUAAUGAAUCACCAACGAAGAGAGAUCUUUCAGUGGAGAAUCAAGAAUAUAAAGAUGAAUUGAAUUUAUCUGAAUUUGACAUCCUCUCGGAGACGGAUGAAAAUACAUCCGAUUGUUCUGAUAUAAAGGAUAAAAACUCACUAUCACAACAACAUAAUAAGAAAUCGAAAAAAAGAAAUUUUAACAAUGAAUGCGAUAAUUUGCCAAAAAAGCAGGCGAAACAAAUCGAACCCAUGGAAGGAUCGCUAAAGGUAAAUGCAAGGAAGAAUAAUAUGUUGUAUGGUUCCAGUAAUAAUAAUUCUGGUACCAUUUCAGAUUCCUCAUUAGGUACUACAUCGCCUAUACUGACAGAAUCGAGGAAAAACAUAGUUGAUUUAAAUAGUAAGGAGGAGAGUUUGAAUUUUACUGAACAAACUUCCUUGCAUCCCGAUAAUUACGACUCUGCAAAAGCAACAGAUGUUCAUUUAUCUGAGACGUGUAUUGAGAAAUGUACAACCUACGGACCGGCCCUGCCGCCGCAAUUAACAGUUGAUUCUUCCAUUAGCAUGGAAUCAGAUGAAGAUGUACAUUUUAUAGGACCUUGUUUAUCAAAGAAUGACGCACAGGAUACAAGUGCAAGAACUGAGAAAGACACACUACACAGCAUUAAUCAAGAUAACAUAAUGCAAAAUGAUACGGAUGUUGUUUUUGGUCCAGCAUUACCACCGCAUUUAUUGAAGCAAAAAUAUAAUAACGAAACAAAUACAAAAAUCAUGGGCCCUACUCUUCCAAAUACCAUAACAUUGUUUAAUGAUAAUGAAGUAAAUCAAAUAGAAUCCGAGGACGAAGAUGAAGGUAUAGGUCCAUUGCCGGUUAAUCAUCCAGCGUUAGACAGUAACUACGUACAAAGACAAUUGGAACAACGAGCGCAGCUAAUUAAAAAUGAACAGAAGAAUGAGGAUAGUAAGGUGAAUCAACGGGAAGAAUGGAUGAUCGAGUUACCUCCAACUCAGAUUGAUAAUUUAGGAUUAACAUCACGAAAAUUUCGAAUGAGAGCAGGUCCAGAUAUGUCUGAUAGGUCAUGCUGGACAGAUACUCCAGCAAAGAAAGCUGAGAAACGAAAACAGCGAGAAGAAGAGAAACUACACAAUGUUCAAACAUCGAUUCGAGAUUUGUUUGAGGAAAGUGGUAAAACUGAAUGUAGGAAAAGUAAGAAACGUGAGAAAUCGCUUUUAGAAAUACAUCGAAACCAGCUACAAAAGGAAAAACGGAAAGAAGAAAAAAAGGCAAAAUCAACCGCGCAGGCAAUUAGAAGACCAUUUGACAGAGAUAUCGAUUUAACAGUUAAUCGAUUCGAUCAGUCUCAGAAGAAUGCUAUCAUACAUAAAGCACAAUAUUUAGACGAAAGGUUUUCUCGCGGAAAGAUUUAAUAAGAAAUCAGAGUAAAUAUUUCAAUUCAUUAUUAAAAUUUUAUAUGUAGAGUACAUAACGAAUUAAUUUGUUUCAGUAUAAGUAGUUUUGCUAAUGAGUGCCUUCACACACGCACACACGCGCGCGCGCGCGCGCGCGCACACACACACACACACACACACACACACACACACACACAUUUAUAGUAAAAUUAUAUUUCAAGAUAAACCGAAUGUUUUCAUUUUUCAUAAAUAAUUUUUUCUUAUUUAAUGUUUUGUCAUUAUAACAGUUAAUCAUAUUGUAAAUGAUAUUUAUGUUGAAAUAUUAAAAAUGUUUAAAAUACCCAAAGACUGGAAUAUAUUCGAAGUCACUCAGGCAAAAUAUAUUAUAUGCUAUAAUCUAAAUUUAAUUAAUUAUUCCUUAAGUAUUAAAAAAUUACAUUAUAUAUAAAUAAUAUAUUUAUAUAUAAUUAUCUUAAUUAUCUUUAUAUGCAUUAUAAAUCAUAUCAAGUCAUAGUUUUGUUUUUAUUUUUAUUGUUUAAAUGGUCACUUUUCACGUUUGUAAUGUUUAUGUGCAGCAUGACAUGUGAUAAGUGAAUAAACUGUAACAUUGUAUAUAUACAUAAUAGACAUAAAUUUCACGUAUAAAAACAGAAAAGUACUUUUUUUCGAUUAAUUUUACUGGGCAAUCGAUUUUAUUCGUAACUAUUUAAGGACAUUUUGAUGUAACAGUUGUUUUAUCCAAUGCAAACAGUUGUAAUUGUACUAAGUUUAAAUACACUUUUUACAAAAAU